AUGCUACACAUACGGGUCAUAAUCAGGUCGCAAGGAAACUCGAUAGUCCCCGUCACCAGCUGGGCAAUCAUCCCGGACGUCCUCAAUCCCAAGGGCACACAUCAGAUAGGCGUGCUUGGAAGGAUAGGAAACGUACUUAGGAGCUUUGACGGUAUCGUACUCCCGGUACCGCCAUAUCAAUGGUUAGAGACAUUGUCAGGCAUGACACAGUUGCGCCCUCAAUGGCGCUCGUGCAUCCAACCUAUUGCCUUCAAUUCAAUGCUCCCUUCCCAAUUCCCCCACUCAGCAGUACAUCUACAGUGCUGUAUUUAUGCACUAAUUUAUCAGCUCCCGCCACUGAUACGCAGCUACCUACCCCACCUUUCCGAAUUAUCGGUGAAUGAAAGUGUGGCAGCUACAAUCACUGUACGACAAGUAUGCGGUUAUUACAGCUGA